AUGGUCAGCUGCAGGUUUCCAUCUACGGCAACCGGACCCAUCGCCAUGUGCAAGGAUCCCAGGACAUGCCUCCCUACCUCUCCUCCUCCCUGCUUUCCUCCCUUCCCUUCCGCCGUCCUCUGUUUCAUAGCCUCCCCUCUCCCAUCUACCCGUCUUCCUCCCUCCCAGCCUUCCCUCCUGCGCUCUCCUCCUGCUCUCCGUACCCCAUACACUCCAUCUCCCUCCAUCCGCCUCUCACACCAUACCCCCCACUCUUUCUGCGCCCUCUUUCUCCCACUGUCUCAUCCUUUCCUCUCCCGCGCUCCUCUCCCCCUUCCUUCUCCAGCGAUCUGA